AUGCGCAACCUCACCGCGACAGCCCUCUUGUCCCUCCUCGCCACGGCGUCCGGCAACAGCAGCGAUGCCGCCGCGGGCCGACCAACCGUCCAGCUGGCCGCCGGCACCGUAACCGGCACCAUCGACCCGACGACGCCCUCGGUGCGCCAGUUCCUCGGCAUCCCGUACGCACAACCCCCCCUCGGCGCGCUGCGUUUCUCCCCUCCGCAGGCGCCGGCGUCACCGCACGGCGACGUGGACGCCACGGCCAUGCCGCCCAGCUGCGUGCAGUACCUGUCGUCCAAGGCCGGGUUCUACACGCGCGAGGUGCUCGAGUUCAACCUGCGCGGGCUCGACGUCACGGGCCCCGUGUCGGAGGACUGCCUGACUGUGAGCGUGUGGACGCCCGAGUCGGCGCGGCCCGGCGCGGACCUCCCCGUGCUCAUCUACGUCUACGGCGGCGGGUUCCAGACGGGCGGCGUCGACGUGCCGUACCAGCUGCCGCCCAGGUGGGUCGAGCGCACGCGCUCGCACGUCGUCGUGGUCAUGAACUACCGCCUCGGCAUCUUUGGCUUCCCCUCGGCGGCGGGCCUGGACGCCGCAGGUCAGAACCUGGGGCUCCUGGACCAGCGACUGGCGGUGGAGUGGGCGAGGGACAACAUUGCGGCGUUUGGCGGCGACCCCAGGCGCAUGGGGCUGUGGGGCCAGAGCGCCGGGUCCAUGUCGGUCGGGGCGUAUGCCUUUGCGUAUGCCGAGGAUCCCAUUGUGAACUCGUUCAUGAUGGACUCGGGGACCGAGCUGUCGGUUGCUUUUACGGAGCCGCUGCACUCCAACUUUACCUUUGUGGCCGGCAAGGUGGGAUGUGGUGGCUUGCAGGCUGGCGAGGAGCUGGAGUGCAUGAGGAAAGUGCCGGCUGCGGAUAUUGCGACGUUUUUGAAGGAGUACGCCGACUCUGGGUCGCAGCCCGCAUAUAGCUUCUGGCCUGUUGUGGAUGACAAGUUUGUCUUUGGCGACUACGGCAAGCUGUACCAGGAGGGCAAGCUUGCAAAGAUUCCGGCCAUAAUCGGCACCAAUGCGCAGGACGGCAACCCCUUUGCUCCCUACGACCCAGACAGCGUCGAUCAAGAAGUCGCCGACGCCACCCUGCUCUCUCUGUUCUUCUGUCCUGCAUUCAAGACCAGCCUCAACCGCAUCCAAGCCAACGCCCCAACGUUUCGCUACGAGUACUUUGGCAACUUCACCAACGUCUCGCCCAAGCCCUGGAUGGGUGCCUACCACUCUGGCGAGCUGCCCAUGCUGUUUGGCACGCACGGCGACUUUCGCGGCGACUCGACGCAGCUCGAGCGCGACACCAGCGCCGCCAUGCAGGACGCCUGGCUGGCGCUGGUCAGGGACGGAGCCGCGGGCGUCGAGGCGCUGGGAUGGCCCGCCUUUGCCGGCGUCGACGGUGGUGAUGUCGUGCAGCAGUUUGGCAAUGGGGUUGCGAGCAAGAGCGGGGACGCAAAGGGGUGGGAGGCGAGGUGCUGA